CUAAAAAAAAAUCUCACCUUUAUGAGAAAUCUAGAAGAAAGCCCUAGAAACUGAUCUGAUCUAACGCCAAGAUCGCCGAUUGCCCGGACCGGCUAGACCACCACAGACCCCGACCCAUCUAAGGUUUAGUUAGUUUGAUUCAGCGACCACAAACCCCUGAUCGAAAGGGAGUGGCGGCUAAUUGAGGAGAUGAAUGGUUUCAAGUGAAGUUCUUAGCUGGGAAGUAAACUUUAUCUAGCGACUAUGAUUCUUAAGAACAAGGGUUAUUGGAAUGCCGCAGUUACUGAAGGGUUUGUCAGACUAUCUCGAUUAUACAGUUCGAAUUCGAAGAUCGAUUUCAAGAAAUUGAAGCCAAUGAUUUUAAAGAGAAUCAAUGAUAGAUCCAAGGAUUAUCCAGUCAAAGCCAUGAUUCCAUUAGCACGUGAAGUUCUUGAAGCCAGGGCUCUUCUCAUUCAAGGCGUUUCCAUCCUUAUGCAAGUCAUCCCUGUUUGGGCCUGCAAGUUCUGUCCGGAAGUGCAUGUCGGUCCACAAGGACAUUCGAUUAAGACUUGCUGGGGAUGUAGGCACCGAGCCAAAAACCAAGUCCACGAAUGGAUUCCAAGCAAACUCAACGAUAUAAUUGUCCCUGUCGAAACAUAUCACCUUCAAAACAUGUCCCAAGACAUAAUCAGACAUGAUCAAAGAUUUGACUUUGAUCGUAUUCCUGCAAUUGCCGAGUUAUGUUGGCAGGCAGGUGUUAGUCUAGACGAUGAAACUCUAAAGGGUAAAGAUGUUGAAAUUAUUGACACUUCUGCGGACUCUCUAUCGAAAUCCAAAGUUUGGGAGAUAGCGAAUGGAACGUUGAAUGCUUGGGAGGUUCUUCGAACUGGAGUACAAAAGUUGUUGAUGGUUUAUCCUGCGAGAGUUUGUAGCCACUGUUCCGAGGUGCACGUGGGGCCUUCGGGGCAUAAAGCUCGGAUGUGUGGAGUGUUUGCGUACGAGAGUUGGCGUGGGCCCCACUUUUGGAAGAGGGCAGUGGUUGACGAUUUGGUGCCUCCUAAGAUUUCGUGGAGCAGACGCGAUCACGAUCCUCCUGUUCUCUUGGAUGAAAGAAGGGAUUUUUAUGGGCAUGCUCCUGUGGUGGUGGAUAUUUGCUCGAAAGCUGGUAUUCAUUUGCCUAAAAAGUACUUUUGUAUGAUGAAAGUUCGAGGCGUGUCUGUACCAUUUCAAUCGUAGUCACAGGUGUUCUUAGUUUUUUCUUCUUUUUUUAAUGUUAUUUACACACCAAUUGAAUUAUUUUCAGAAGAAACAACGAUUGAUUUUUUACUUCAAAAGUCAUCUUGUGUCUUUUGUUUCAUAAUGAUCCCCAUUAUAUGAUGAUAUGAGUAUGAUUCUUGUGUCUUUUGCUUCA